AUGCAAUUUCUAGGUUUAUCUAUUGUACUAGCUGUCUUUGCCCAGUUGAUCUGUGGUCUACAUUUCGACAUUCCAUCCAAUCAUCAUUCUGAAUUGGUCUGUGUUCGUGAUUUCGUUCAACAAGGUCAACUAGUGGUCAUCAAUCUUUUCUCUGAUGGUUCCGUCGGUGAUGGUCAAAUGUUAAAUCUAUACGUUCGUGACUCUGUCGGAAACGAAUACCGUAACAAGAGAGAUUUUGCGGGUGACAUUCGUAUUGCCUUGACAGCUCAAGCUACUACUUCCUUGGAUAUCUGUUUAGAGAACAUGGCUCAAAUCAAGGGUGCUGCUAUGAGUAGAUCUGUUGAGUUGGAUAUCGAGACUGGUUCUGAAGCUCGUGAUUGGAAUUCCAUUAGUGCUAAUGAUAAAUUAAAGCCAAUUGAAUUAGAAUUACGUAAAAUUGAAGAAUUAACAGAUGAAAUUGUUGAUGAAUUAGCUUAUUUGAAAAACAGAGAAGAAAGAUUAAGAGAUACUAAUGAAUCCACAAACUCCAGAGUCACUAAGUUUUCUCUAUUAAUCAUUGUUGUUCUAGGUUGUCUCGGUGUUCUUCAAUUAAAAUACUUAAGAGACUUCUUCAAGUCUAAGAAUAUCAUUUAG